GAAAGAAACACUUACACGUGAACAAGCUAUCUGUAUGUUCUACCACCAGCCAUAUGAAAAGGAGAAGGCCAAGGAGUUAUUGAAAUCUGUUGAAAACAUCUAUACUGAAGUAUGCUACAAGGAUGAUCCUAUUAAACCUUUCCUGUGUCCCGUGGAAGAUGUCAUUACCUUUCAAUACCAUCAAUACCCAUUGGAAGAUGACUUACACGCCUAAUCCUUUGCUUUGUACAUAUUAGCGUUAUUUUAGCUUAAUGCACCAUAUCCCAC